GAACUUUUUAAGAUGCGCAAACCGUGACAUAGCUCCUUUAUAAUUACAAUUUUGAAAGAAAGCCUUCAGAGUCAGUAACUGAGUGUUCUGAGCAUGCUCAUACCAUGACUUGUUUACUAAUUAAAAGUUCUGGUGAACAGUGUUUCUAUUAACUGCGUUGGUAUGAAGAUGUGCACUACGUAUUGCCUAGUACUAGGCCUUGAUAUUUCGCCUCAGUCAAUCCUUUUCGGGUCACGUGGUCCGAGGCGAAAAGUUCCGUUCGUCUUGAAUACGUCUCUGAAAUCAAUUGACCGUGAAGGUCAGCUGGGAGAAAGCCGUACAGGGACUGGGCAACACUGCGUACAUACAGGGUCAUCCGGGUGUUUUUUAUUUUAAAUUUCGUUUUCCGUCUUUUCCAGCCGGAGAUACUGUACGAUUACGCCUAGCUAUAUAGCCAAUCAACUUCACACUUACUAAGCUCUUAUUUCAUGUGAAGUAUAUUCCUGAAACUCGCGUUCAUUAAGGAGCAAAACGCACAUGCAUUACAGUUUCCAAAACGUAGAAAGCGCGCGGUUAGGAACCCUGAUUGGGGUGAGCUCGCGCGGUAGAUUCCUUGUGACGUGGUAGUCAUUGUUACGUCGUUUUCCAUAGUUAAACUUUUUUCUUGUUGCAAGAAGCCUGCAUUUGUGAAUUAUAAAGAGAAAAAUAAGCCGUUUAAAAACCUGUGGAAGAAUUCCAGAUAUUAUGAUGUCACUUGAUCACGAAUCUGCUUCGGAAGAAAUGUGGGAGCAACAUGAUUUUGACCAGUCGUCAGGGAGCGGUCUUACUUUGGAAGAUAACCUUUAUAAAAGUGGAGAGCUAAGCUUUGAUUCCUUACCCCAAGAAAUGGAAGAAAUUAGCGACGAAUCUGCUGGCCACAACCACGUGGAAAAUGAAUUUACCAUGUACAGUCAGUUGACGUUGUUACAAGACACUUUCAAAACUGUUGGUGGAGACCUCGAGGAAAUCAAGACCCUGAUGUUCAAACUACGAGAUGUACUGAAAACGGACGCAGAACAAGAACUUGAUUUGAACAAACAAAGACAUUGCUGUUCUGGGGAAAGCUCCAACGACAUAUCAGUGAUAGAAGUAGACGAGGGUACCUCGCACGAACUUGAAGAUGAAAAAAAUUGUCCCACGAGAGAAAGUUCGGCUGAGUCAUUGGACGAUAGUAAAUAUUCUACGCUCAUAACAGAUAUAGAAGUCUUGAAAAACAAACUUGUGUCACUCAAGAGAAAUCUAGCAGAAUAAUGAAGGUUCUUGAGUCUUAUUUUUGAAAUACUAAACUUGUACCUGUUUCUCCAAUA